AUGAGAACUGUGAUGCGGGGCUUCGAGGUUGUUGGAUACGACGAGUCGUUCACUGCUGUUACAAUGGUACGUCAUUAUCGCGCAGAGAACCUAAGAUGGGCGACCUCGCUUCCACCAUCUCCCUCCUCAUCACACGCAUCGCUGCCGAUAUCAGCAGGGCUGUCCCUCAGUAACGCCGGCAGCAUCCUAUCGAGCCUCUCGUUCAGCUCGAAUGAUGAUAAACGAAGUAGAAGGCUCUCAGGCACGGACAGCAGCAACAACAACGGCAAUGACGUCCCCGACAGCUCCAAUCGAUCGGGUGGCAAGCUCUGCCGAGAGGGUGUUCAGGACACAAUUCCCACCUUCAAGCUGCACGACUUUUCGCCUCUCUCCUCCUCCUCCUUGUCUUGCAUUUUUGCCUCAUCAGAAAAUUCGGCUGCUGCUUCCCUCUCUGCACAACAAGAACUGAUGAAACCAGAUGCAAGUCCAGCAGAAAUAGGCAUGCUCAGCGCACAUGCUUGCAAAAAAACUCUCUCAACCCUUCAAACCUCCGAAACUCCUAGCGUAACGAAUUCAGCUAAGCAGGACAGCACAGCUAGGAAACAAAAGUGUCGCCUGGGACCCAGCAAACCUGGGGAAAACGCUCGUGCACCUGCAUCCACCCCUACCUCCUCGACAUCUCCUGCGGCCUCUGUACAGCAGAUCUGGUUGUCUCCACAGCCGUCAACAACCGCAUCUCUUGCUCCCACCUGA